AUGUUUCAGAUCCCGGUCGACCACCCACGACACCGAGACGGAAUGACGCCGUUGUGCAUUGCCUGUUUGCGAGGUUGCUUGCCGCUCUCCAUCAUCCUCCUCGAGGACUAUCACGCAAGCUGCAACGUGAUCACCAAGCACAAUCUGGUCCCCUACCAGCUAAACCUGCAGCCGCAGCCGUCCGACGACGCACUAGCGACGGAAGGCCGCCAGCUGCUGAAAAACCGCUUUGAAUGCUUUCGCGUCGGCAAGGACGCCCAAGAAGUGCUCCGGAAGCUGCGUCAGGCCCCUGCGCCCGUCAUCGAGCACAAAGUUUGGGCUGGGUCCACGGAUUUCUAGAGGUUCGCUUCUCAAAUAAAUUCAUCUUCUCCAGGUAAAAGGAUACUUUUAAGGAUCUUUGUUUACACGACAAGAUGAGCAAGAAGAUGAUAGAAUUUGAAAAGUAGGAGCAACAGCAUACCUGCUCCUGAACAUUCUUCACAUUUCGAUGCUGCGUUCUUGUGUACGGACUCGAGUGGGAAUGCGAGCAAUCUAGAUGAAGAAGAAGAAACGUCAAAAAGAAC